AUGGACGCCUUCCAUCACCCGGAGAAGCCUCGACCGACGGGGGAAUCCAUUGGCGGCGAAGUGGCUCGACAAUUCUGGGUUCGAGUAUGCUCCAUGUCGACGCCGACAUUCCGAAGCCGAUUCUUGAAAAAUAUACAAGACUACCUGCACGGCACUGCUGAACAGGCCGAGGACAGAGACAAGUCACACAUUCGCGACCUGCCUAGUUAUCUUGAGCUCCGGCGCAAGACGAUUGGCGUCCUGUCCUCCUUUGACAUGCUUGAGAUGGACAAGUCCAUCCCAGACUUGGUACUCGAGGAUCCCGCCUUCCAAGAAUUGCUGGACUUGGCUGUCGACCUAACAAUCAUUGCCAACGAUGUCUUGUCUUUUGACAAGGAGCAAGCUGUGGGAGACGAUCAACAUAACCUUGUUACGAUUGUCAUGGCCGAGCAGGGCAUGGACGUCCAGAGCGCAGUCAACUGGGCGGGCCGACUGCACUCCACCAUGACGGACCGCUUCAACGAGCUCUUCUCGCAGCUCUCUCGAUGUGGCGGCCUCUUCGAUGAGGAAGUAAAGUCUUACAUGAAAGGCGUGGGGCAGUGGGUGGGUGGGAAUGUCCAAUGGAGCUUCGAAGGUGAGAGAUACUUUGGGAAACGCGGGUUGGAAGUGAUGAAGACGCGUAGCCUGUGUCUCACACCUAAGCUGGGGCAACCCGGGUUGGAGAUUGGCCCCGUCAUCGUCGAUGAUGUCUCGAUGAAGCAAGUGAUAGUCAGCUCAAUUACGGAGUCCUAA